CUAAACCUAACGAUGGCGAACGUGAGUGAAACUGACUGGGAUUGUGUUAUGGAACUAAUUGACGAUGAGAUGGGCAAAACAAGCGCACUCCAAAGUGCUGCUUGUCCCCAGUAUGAUCAUGCAGGCCUCCAUGAGUAUUAUCAGCAGCAUCUGUGGCAGGAACCUUCACACAUUGGGAGAAUGGAGUCCACCAGUCACUUGGCUGCUCCUCUGCAUACAGUCUGUUUUGCCCCUCUGGUGAUCCAGCCAGAGGUCAUCAGCCAAAAUCCUGUUGGGGUCAUGAACAGUCAGCUGCUUUAUGAUUAUGGACCUUGCUCCUACUCCUCCCCACUUGCUCCAACCUCAUCAAUGAGGAGAAAGAGGAAGCCUGCGACCCAGGAGGAUGGCAGGUCAUAUAUUAAAAAGCCCCCCAACGCCUUCAUGGUGUUCAUGAAGGAACAGAGACCGAUUGUGAAGGCCAAGUUUGUCAAUAAAGACAGCGCAAAUGUCAACAAAGUCCUGGGCCAGAUGUGGAAGUCGCUGACAAGGAUGGAGCAGGAGAAAUACUUCCAGGAAGCUGAGUCACUCAACCAGAUACACGCAAGCAUGUAUCCCCAUUGGUCCUGCAGAGAUAACUAUGGCAAAAAGAGGAAGAGGAAUUGGGGCAAAACAGCAACAUCCACAUCAGACACCCAGGCACAGAAGCACGUGUGUGACGAUGGUUCAGCCGUUGUUGCUGCAGUCUUGUAGUGACGUCUGCAUCAUCCGGGACGCCGCGGAGGUCAAUCUGGCCUUCUCCACGCUGAGUCUGUUGGAGGUCUGUGCGUAAAUGGCGACUGUGGCAGAAGCCUCCCCCUCAGCGCCGCCAACACAAGCACUCAACUGAGACAGCAGGACACAGUUGCUCAGUUUUAAAGGUGAGCUGAGGAUGAUGGAGCACCUGGAUGCCCUGCCGCCCUAUUCAUGGCCUGCCCUGCCCUUUGGCCUUCAGUGUCAGAGACUUUUUUAUGCUCAUCAUAAUGAUUGUAAUAUAAUAGUACAAAAAAGUAAUAGUGAGUAAAAAAUAUACAUUAAAA